AUGCAAGACUCUAUUCUUAAACAAAAGGCUAGAAUAAAAUGGUCUGAGGAAGGGGAUUCUAACACCAAGUACUUCUACAGUGUUGUAAAGGAAAAUAGGAGAAAGGCACACAUUCAUAGAAUUAGAAACUCUCAUGGUCACUGGAUUGAGGGCAAUAAAGCUAUUUCUAACGCUGCUGUGGAGCACUUCAGUAUCCUUUUCACCCAUUCUCCUAGUGAUAAUGAUUUAUCCAUAUUGAACUGGAUUGACACUUCUAUCACUGAGGAAGAAAACAACUUUAUGUGCUCUAUCCCUGAAGAUGAAGAAAUCAAAGGUGUUGUUUUUUCCAUUGACCCAAACAGCGCUGCUGGCCUUGAUGGGUAUAAUGGACACUUUUAUCACGCUACUUGGAAUAUUAUUCAACUUGAAGUUUGCAACUUUGUCAAAGCAUUUUUCACUGGCACCUUCCUUACCAAAUAUUAUACCCACACCAACCUUGUUCUCAUCCCUAAAGUACCAUCACCUACUACCCUGGAUCAACUAAGACCCAUUAGCCUUUGCAAUGUCUCCAAUAAAAUUAUCUCAAAAAUUUUGUCCACCAGGAUUGCCACCCUUUUGCCCAAACUCAUUUCAGAUAACCAAUCAGGCUUUGUUAAAGGGAGACUCAUCACUGAAAACAUCUUGCUCACUCAAGAGAUAGUCCAUGGUAUGAAACAAGCCAACCAGGGGGGAAACAUCAUCAUCAAACUGGAUAUGUCUAAAGCUUAUGACAAACUUUCCUGGUCUUUCCUUACUGCUGUACUCAGGAAAAUGAAAUUUUCUGAGCAAUUUAUUGAUCUUAUUGCUAGACUUAUUUCAGAUAACUGGUAUUCUAUCCUCAUUAAUGGAACCAGAUAUGGUUUCUUUAAAUCAUCUAGAGGAAUAAAGCAAGGCGACCCCAUCUCUCCCUCUUUGUUCAUUCUAGCUGCCGAAGCUUUGUCAAGAGCCCUGAACAGUCUACACUCCAAUGACAAAUUUAUAGGCUUCUCUAUGAGCAACAAUGGCCCUAAAAUAAACCACUUGAGCUACGCUGAUGACCUAGUCCUCUUCUCUUCCGUAAAUAGGAGGUCCAUUAAGCUAAUUAUGAAGAUUCUCAAGGAUUAUCAGCACGUUUCAGGACAAGAAAUCAAUCAGGACAAGAGUUUCUUCAUUACCCACAAGUCCACAAACUACAGAAGCAACAGAAGAAUCAACAGGUGGACAGGCUUCAAACAAUCUGAGUUUCCUUUCACAUACCUGGGCUGUCCCAUCUACACUGGUAGGAAGAAAGUUUGUUAUUUCUCUAAUCUUGUCUCCAAGGUCCAGAUUAAAACUGGAGGAUGGCAAAGCAAAUUCCUCUCUUUUGGUGGGAAAUAUCUAAUCAUAUCCCAUAUCCUUCAAUCGCAGACCUUUUAUUUACUUGCUGCUCUAACCCCUCCCAAAGGCAUUAUUAGUCAAAUUGAGAUGUAUUUCUCUAAUUUUUUCUGGGGGGAGAAAGAUACUAAAAAGAAACACCACUGGAGCUCCUGGAAGAACCUUAGCUUCCCUUAUUCCGAAGGAGGUGUAGGAUUCAAAAAGCUGAAGGAUUACUGUAAUACCUUUGCUGCGAAAAGGUGGUGGAGACUUAGAACAGAGGACAAUUUAUGGACUAAGUUCUUAAAGGCUAAAUACUGCCCUAGGUCCAAUCUUAUCUCUAAGGUGCCAGUUCCUAAAGACUCCAGCGUAUGGAGAGACUUACUUGCGACUAGAAUUAGAAUUGAGCCUUAUAUCUACUGGAAAAUCCAUGAGGGUAGCGUUCUUUUCUGGUGGGACAACUGGAUUCCAUCAGGUCCCAUACACUCCAACAUCGUAUACAACAAUAAACCUGGUAACACUAAGGUAAAAGAGUUCUUCCUCAAUAAUGGCUGGAACAUCAACAGACUCCAGCGAACUGUCAACAAUCAGGUCACCCAAGAAAUUGCCCAAGUUCCUGUCAACACUGCACAAGGUAAAGACCAACCUAUAUGGACCCAAAGUCCACAAGCCAGGUGCAACAAAAAGUAUGGACAAAAGAACUUUUCAGUGUUCAGAAUCAAACAGCAGAUCCUCUUCCAGAUCAAAACAAGUAUGGGAAGGAAAUUCAGUCCCAUGGAUAGCAGCUGGAACUGGAAUACCAUUUGUCACAUCUCAGAAUCUUAUAAACCCCAACUCAGAAGCAUCAUGGUGCUAUGGAACUGUCCAGGAGAUAACGAAUGGAAACUCAACACAGAUGGAAGUUACAUAGCCGACCAAGGCAAGGCAGGGGCAGGGGGCAUCCUUAGAAAGAGCAAUGGUCACAUGGUAAUGGCAUUCGCCUCACCAGUACAUUUCACCACUAACAACUACUCCGAGACCCAGGCUGCCUUACAAGGAAUUCAGUGGUGCUUGGAUCACAACUUCAACAAUCUUAUCCUUGAGCUAGACUCACUUCUUGUGGUUAACAUGAUUCUUGCCAAAUGCAAAGUCCCUUGGAAAUUCCAAAAUGAUAUUGCCUUCAUUCAACAAGCGGUUCAACUACACAACAUCACUGUUCAACAUUGCUUUAGAGAAGGGAACGACGUUGCUGACUUACUCUCUAAACACGCCAACCUUCUCACUGAGAAAGCAAUCUAUCUCAAUGAAAGGGAUCUCCCCCCUGAUAUCAGAGGUGCAAUUAGAAUAGACAGAAUGCAAGUUCCUUCUUUCAGGAUCAGGCCCAAAAAACACACUGGAUGGCACUUUGAUCCUCCUUAG